AACCAACCAUGCUCGUCCAAACUGGAGGCCGCUCCACAGUCUAAACCUAAACCCUGCUAAUAGCAUACUCGGUUUUGUUUUCUGUUGCUCCGUUGAAAUUCAAUCAUAUCAGCCAUAGCAGCGGCCUCAGCCUCAGCCUCAUUUUCCCCUUUACACAAGCUAAAUACCAACCAGUCAUGUCUUUGUCUAGACUCCAGCAGCCUUGUUAUUUGCAACAAUGCCCCUCCCCUCUCUCCCCUUCCAUCCCUCUUCCUUGUUCCUUCUCUUUUCGCGUCUCCCCCUAUUCUCAGAGACAAAGACGACUCCGUUUCGGCGGCCACACUAGUAGUGUUGCUGUUUGCUGUAGCUUGUCUCAGCAGCAGCAAUCUCAAAUCUUAUCGUCGGUUACCAAUGGAAGUACAGUCUCUGACAGGAAAGAGAUUCGUUUAGGUUUGCCUAGCAAAGGACGCAUGGCUGCUGACACUCUUGAUCUUCUCAAGGAUUGUCAGCUAUCUGUGAAGCAUGUGAAUCCUCGACAAUACGUUGCAGAAAUUCCUCAGCUUACCAACGUGGAAGUUUGGUUCCAAAGACCCAAAGACAUUGUACGAAAGUUGUUAUCAGGAGAUUUGGACCUUGGAAUUGUGGGUUUUGAUACUUUCAGCGAGUUCGGACUGGGAAACGAAGAUCUUAUCAUUGUUCAUGAUGCUCUUGGAUAUGGGGAAUGCCGUUUAUCCAUUGCAAUUCCCAAAUAUGGGAUUUUUGAAAAUAUAAAUUCACUGAGGGAACUAGCACAAAUGCCUCAAUGGACAACUGAAAAACCUCUUCGUGUUGCUACCGGCUUCAGUCAUCUGGGUCCUAAAUUUAUGAAGGAUAAUGGAUUCACGCAUGUGACAUUUUCAACUGCUGAUGGAGCAUUGGAAGCUGCUCCUGCGGUGAGACUUUGUUUUUUUCCUUGUCUAAUUUUGUUUCAUCCAUUUGUGUAAGUUGUAAUUAGUCCAUAAAGAAAAAAAUGACCAUAUGAUGCAUAUCCUCAUCUAGAGCAAAAAAACUGAUUUCUAUAAGAAUGGUUGGUUGCAAUCACACUGAAUACAGUUAUUGCAUUUGGAAGUUUAAUUAGUUCUUCUGUGGAAAGCCAUCCUAUAAUGCAUGUCUUGGUCCAGUGCAAAGGAACUUCAAAUUUAUAUGAGAAUUUAUAAUAUGUUAGUCAUUGCUACCUUAUUUUAUCCCUAGAUUGCUAUGUUCAAAGAUUUAUUACUGACAUAGUUGGAAACUAGAUUAAUUAGGAAUUAAGUUGGGGUUAAAUAAAAAGGUCUUGAGAAAAAUCCUAAACUUCAUAGAUAAUCUCCAAUAGGAAUUAAGUUGGAAACACUCGAUGUUGUUGUCUCUCUAGUAAUCUAAGUUUAGUCCGAAGUGGAUAUAGGAUUUGCUGAUCAUCACCAGAGAUAUAUUGCAACAAAUUGAUCCUGAUCUCCAGAAGUAAUAUUGGAGCCACUUGGAGUUGUACUCGAUGGAGUCAAGGUUUUCAACCCUGAAACAGCUGGUGGGGACACCAAACUUAACAGAAUUCACACCCAUUUAUGGUUGAAGAUGAUGGAGGAUAGCCGAACCCAUCACUUUUUGAUUGGAAGAUUAGGACAUCCAUGCCUAAGCUAUUGGAUUUUAUUUGGUUUUAUUAUUAGAUAUAAUUUAUGUUGUUUUUUUUUAACAUGUUAUUUAGGGGGUUAUAGGUCUAAUUGUUGGUUGUGAUAAUAUAUAGAUGUAAUUUUUGUACAAUGUAGACAACUUUUGAUGAA